AUGAAAUUAUCAAUUCGUGGAUUAUAUUUUGACGGCCGUAAGGAUAAGACUGUGGCAAUUUCUCUGGAUUUAAAACGCCGAACAUCUAGUGUAGAAGAGCACAUCGUUCUAAUCGAAGAACCGAGAUCUUUCUAUCUAGGGUACGUUUCGUCUGUGAGUUCCAGUGCUGAAAAUAUUUUUAGAAGCAUUAUAGACUUUUUUGAAACUUCGUCAAAAUCUUUAGAAAACAUAGUGGCAGUUGGUUGUGAUGGAACCGUUACAAACACAGGGCACAAUAGUGGAAUUAUUGUACGUUUAGAGCAGCACAUUAAAGCUCCUAUUCAUUGGUUCAUUUGUCAACUGCAUGCAAACGAACUGCCGUUGCGGCAUUUAAUUCAGCACUUAGAUGGCAAUACAAGGGGGCCUAAUAUGUCGGGAGUAAUUGGUAAGGCACUUCAAAGUUGCGAAAACCUUCCUAGAGCUAAGUUUAAAACUAUAAAUGUUGUUCUGCCAGAGAUUUCGAGGGAAAUUUUAAGCACAGAUAAGUUUUACCUUUAUGAUAUUUGCAAGUUUGUCUCGACCGGUGUUUGUGACGACAGAUUUCUAAACAGACAUCCGGGAAAGUUGGUUCACUCCCGAUGGCUUACCACCGCAAAUCCUAUCCUAAGACUCUAUGUGUCGACUCAGGAUCCGUCAAAUUAUCUAAAAAUUUUGGUAGAGUUCGUUGCAAAAGUUUAUGUUCCGAUGUGGUUUGCAGUAAAAACCAAACCAUUUUGUAUUUAUGGUGCAAAACAUCUCUUUGAUACUAUUAAGCGUUCAAGGUAUUUACCACUUGGGCUGAAAAAUGUAUUGGACCCCGUUAUUCAGAGAAAUGGUUAUUUUGGCCACCCGGAGAAUAUGUUGUUGACAAUGUUGACUGAUGAACGAAAAACUAUCCGUGAGCUGGCAGUUAGGCGAAUUAUUAAAAUUAGAAAUCAAACGGAUCUUCACACAGAAGUUCGAGCAUUCAUUUUACCCAAAUUUAACUUCGAUGCCGAAGACUAUUGUGACCUUCUUCAAACUUGGCAGGAAUUUCCUGUCACUAAACCACCUCUUUUAAAACAAGUAUCUGAAGACGAUUUGCAAGAAAUUGUCAAAGACUACUCCAAUUCUUUGGUCAUUACGGAAAUAAUGCAGUUCCCUUGUAACACUCAAGCUGUAAAAAGGGCAGUUAAACUUGUGACAGAGUCUUCUUUAUAA